AGAUUCCUUGCAAUGGAAUGUGGUCUGAGUGGAUUAAUAAAAAUAUGCCAACUAUUCAAUCUCCACAUGAUCAUGAACAAUUGGACCAAAUUCAAAAUGUGUGUAAAUCUGCUACAAACCGGAUAACAAAUAUUCAAUGUGAAGCCGUCAAGUUUCCAGGAUCUCCGAUCAGUAUAACCAAUGAUACAGUGACAUGUGAUUUAAACAGUGGAUUAAGCUGCACCAAACCAGCUGGUGAUGGCCUUUCAUGUUUGGACUAUCGGAUUAGAGUGUGCUGUGAACCAUUUGAAACAACAACACUUCCAACCAUGACUACCCCUGUCUCAAGCACUACUCCACCUGAAGAAUGUUACUGUAGUUCAGACCCACCAAGAAAGUGCAAUGAAACAUGGAAAGAGAACUGUAAGAUCUUUACUUGUGUUGUGGCACAAACAUAUGAAGUUACCCAGGCUCCCUGUUCAGUCCCCUCGAAACCUACAUGUUAUACUGGUUUAACACCCGUCAAUGUCCCAACUGAAGAUGGCUGUUGUUCAACAUGGGAGUGUAAUUUUGACUGCCAAGUAUGGGGGAAUGGACAUUAUCGUACCUUUGAUGGGCUAGUCUAUAAUUUCUUUCAAAAUUGUACAUAUGUUCUUAUACAAGAAAAAGUUCCAAGAUAUAAUUUCUCUGUGCUAAUUGAUCAUGAUGAUUGUGCUUCACAAAGUUUUGUGUCCUGCUCCAAAACACUCAUCAUCAACUACAAUGGACAUGUCAUCUAUUUUUCAACUAAGAAACUUCUG